AUGACAGUCACUUAUUCCAGCAAAGUAGCAAAUGCCACUUUCUUUGGAUUUCACAGAUUACUCCUAAAGUGGAAAGGCAGCAUCUACAAAUUGCUGUACAGAGAAUUUAUUGUUUUUGCUACCCUUUACACAGCGAUAAGUGUAUUAUACAGAUUUUUUCUUACAGGAAGCCAAAAGCGGUUCUUUGAAAAAUUAUCAAUUUACUGUGACAAAUACGCUGAACAAAUCCCAGUAACUUUUGUGCUUGGUUUCUAUGUCACGCUGGUGGUGAAUCGCUGGUGGAACCAGUUUGUGAAUUUGCCAUGGCCAGACCGACUGAUGUUCUUGAUCUCUAGCUGUGUCCAGGGAAGAGAUGAAUAUGGCCGCUUGAUCAGGAGGACUCUAAUGCGUUAUGUGAAUUUAACUUCUCUGCUGAUCUUUCGCUCUGUGAGCACAGCUGUGUACAAGAGGUUUCCCACCAUGGACCAUGUGGUGGGUGCAGGUUUUAUGACAAGACAUGAAAGAAAAAUAUUUGAUGACCUUAAGUCUCCCCAUCUGAAAUAUUGGGUUCCGUUUGUCUGGUUUGGAAAUUUAGCAUCGAAGGCACGAAAUGAGGGAAGAAUUAGAGACAGUGUGGAUCUACAGACACUAAUGAAUGAAAUGAAUAAGUUCAGAUCUUGGUGUAGCCUUUUGUUUGGCUAUGAUUGGGUUGGAAUUCCUCUGGUCUAUACACAGGUUGUUACUCUUGCAGUGUAUACCUUUUUCUUUGCCUGCCUGAUAGGCCGCCAGUUUUUGGAUACUGACCAGGGGUAUCAGGGACAUGACUUAGAUCUUUAUGUUCCAAUCUUCACGCUGUUACAGUUCUUCUUCUAUGCAGGAUGGCUCAAGGUCGCGGAACAACUUAUUAAUCCAUUCGGAGAAGAUGAUGAUGAUUUUGAAACUAAUUGGUGCAUCGAUCGAAAUUUACAGGUCUCACUUCUGGCGGUGGAUGAGAUGCACAUGAACUUACCAAGAAUGGAGAGAGACAUUUACUGGAACGAUUCUUCCGCCCGGCCGCCCUACACAAAAGCAGCUGCUGAUUACUGCAUUCCUUCAUUCCUCGGAUCAACAAUUGAAAUGGGGCUGGCUGAUACAGAAUUCCUCUAUGGGGAAGAGUGGCCCUGGGAAGAGGAGAAACACCACAGACAACAUUCAGUGCUGAGGAGAGUUAAGAGAUUUCUCAGCGUCCACGAGCACCCUUCCUCCCCCACUCACAGGCGCUACAACAGGCAGACGAGUGAGAAUUCGGUGUUCUUCCCCGCAGAUGAAAAGGGACACAUCAGGCGGCUGCAGGAAAUGCACACUAGGGGGAGACAUUCUACUUCCAGCUUCAAGAGGAAACACGAAGGAGCUGACCGAAGUAGCAGACUUCACAGUAGCAGGGAUCUAGGACCUAUAAGCGAAACCUCCAAGAAUGAGGCGCUGCUCAAUGACAGUGACACCUCAUCUGAGACGAACAAGCCGGCUCCUGAGGUCAUCAUCUCUGAAGCUGAGAGGAAAGAACCUGAUGUGCUGGGCAAGCCAACUCUGCAAGCAGAGAGCGCCGAAGUCACACCAGAAGAGAAGCUCCAAAGGAGCCUAACUGAGGCAGAUGCGUCUCUUACGGACCUUUCUUUAUUCCCCCCAGAAGUGACUACACACUUCCCAGGUACUGAGAUGCAUCAGUCACUGCCUAGCAUAAGGGAGCCCAAACACGAAACCCACAAUAGUAACAUAGCUAGUCUCAUAACAGAUCAUGAGAGAAACCUCCAGCGAUGGAGCUUACCGAGCUUCCAUAGUCCCAGUGCAAUGCCCAGUGCUGACUCUGCACAUCUUGUAACAGAUGCUGCAACAUCUUCACAACCAAGGACUGUGGUAAGUGAUGGAAAAAGCGUUACUUCUGCUACUGCUCCAGAGACAUUUGAAAUGCACCAUCUAUUGGAUAACCUGGAUACCAAAGAAACAGCCAUAGUAGAAUUUUCUAAUGAAAAAAGUAAAAGAAAUCCUUAA